AUCAUUAGCAAUCUGAUCUAGGAUUUCACGAAAAUAAGUUGUCUUUUAAUUUUACGUGUUCUUAUAUUCUUCGAUAUAUCAAUCACACUUUUAUAAAACGGCUAAAUCAACGAAUUCAAUUAUUUUUUUAUUUUAUUUGACCUUGCUGUAAUCUGCUAUAAAUUUAUCGCAUACGUGUGAUGACAGUAAUUAGUUGCGUUGAACGGUGUUUACAACGAAAUAUCCAAAAUGUCUGAAAAGAUUCCAUCUAAUCAACCACAACCUAUUGUUAAGAUAGGUCAUUAUACGCUUGGACAAACUUUAGGUGUUGGAACAUUUGGUAAAGUAAAAAUUGGAGAACAUGUUUUGACAAAACAUAAAGUUGCUGUAAAAAUACUGAAUCGCCAAAAAAUCAAAAGCCUCGAUGUGGUAGGAAAAAUUAGAAGAGAAAUACAGAAUUUGAAACUCUUUAGACAUCCUCACAUCAUUAAAUUAUAUCAAGUCAUAAGCACACCUACAGAUAUAUUUAUGAUAAUGGAAUAUGUGUCGGGCGGUGAACUAUUUGACUAUAUUGUGAAACAUGGAAAGCUUAAAGAAUACGAGGCACGAAGAUUUUUUCAGCAGAUUAUUUCGGGAGUUGAUUACUGUCACAGGCACAUGAUAGUUCACCGUGAUCUUAAACCUGAAAAUCUUCUUUUAGAUCAGAAUCUACAUGUAAAAAUAGCAGACUUCGGUUUAUCAAAUAUGAUGAUGGAUGGAGAGUUUUUACGUACUUCCUGCGGUUCUCCAAACUAUGCAGCACCAGAAGUAAUUUCAGGAAAGCUAUAUGCUGGUCCUGAAGUUGAUAUCUGGUCUUGCGGAAUUAUAUUAUAUGCGCUACUUUGCGGUACAUUACCAUUCGACGAUGAACAUGUACCAACACUUUUUCGUAAAAUUAAAUCUGGCGUUUUUCCUAUUCCGGAGUACCUGAAUAAAACUGUUGUAAGUCUUUUGUGUCAUAUGUUACAAGUGGAUCCUAUGAAAAGAGCAACCAUCGAAGAUAUCAAGAAGCAUGAAUGGUUCCAGAAGGAUUUGCCUUCAUAUCUGUUUCCAUCACCUGUUGAACAAGACUCUUCUGUAAUCAAUAUAGACGCGGUAAACGAAGUUUGUGACAAAUUCAAUGUAAAGGAAGCUGAAGUUCAUUCAGCAUUAUUAGGUGGAGAUCCGCACGAUCAACUAGCAAUUGCCUACCAUUUGAUAAUAGACAAUAAAUUAAUCGCCGACGAGGCUGCUAAGGCGGAAUUAAAAGAUUUUUAUGUGGCUUCUAGCCCGCCGCCUGUAGCAUUUAGCCCCAAUGAUUCCAACAACAGCCCUCUGAGACCGCAUCCGGAAAGAAUAGCACCAUUGCGAGAACGUCAAAGUUCUCAAGGAAGUACGUCAUCGCAAACACAAGGUAACCGUGGCACUCCCGUAAAGCGAGCUAAAUGGCACUUGGGAAUUCGCUCACAGUCGAAACCUAACGACAUUAUGAAUGAAGUUUAUCGAGCUAUGAAAGCUCUCAACUUUGAAUGGAAAAUCAUAAAUGCGUACAGCGUCCGAGUGCGUCAAAAAAAUAAAAUAACUGAUAGAUAUAGCAAAAUGUCGUUGCAGCUUUAUCAAGUUGAUAGUAAAAGUUAUUUGUUAGACUUCAAAUCUUUGUCCAGCGAAGAAGGAGAAGAAAUAGGACGCGGUUUUAUUAUAGAUCCGACACUUCCACCGCCGCAAAUGACAGGUCAUCAUACAAUGGAAUUCUUUGAAAUGUGUGCAGCGUUGAUCACACAACUGGCCCGAUGCUGGUACUUUGGUGCAAUGUCACGUCAAGACGCCUCGGAUUUACUUAUGGGUGAAAAAGAAGGUGGUGUGUUUUUAGUGCGUGACAGCACAUCGAUACAAGGAGAUUUUGUAUUGUGUGUACGUGAAGACAGCAAAGUUAGCCAUUAUAUAAUAAAUAAAAUUCAGCAGGGUGAUCAGAUACGUUAUAGGAUCGGCGACCAAAUGUUUCCCGAUAUUCCCAACCUUUUGGCUUUUUAUAAAUUACAUUACUUGGAUACAACGCCGUUGAUAAGGCCUGCUCCAAAAAAAACACAAAGGGUAGUAGCAAAAUAUGAUUUUGAAGGCAACGAUCCCGAUGACUUGCCCUUUAGGAAAGGUGAAAUUCUCACAAUAAUUUCAAAAGAUGAAGAACAAUGGUGGACGGCCAAGAACAGUCUUGGUCAAACUGGAUCAGUUCCAGUUCCAUAUGUUCAGAAAUACGAAGAGGAUAAUCACUCGCUUGUGGAAAAUAAUUCACGCCCAGAAAGCGGAGGUAGUUCAACAGUGAAUUCGAAUUCUGUACAAGUUACUGGUUCUCAAAUGCCUUACCAGGAAAGUGGACAAGGGACCACCCGCAGAUCAAAUAUUCAGCGAACAUUACCUGCGUUUGCUAAAGUAAAACAAGCGAGGGUACCGAACGCGUACGAUAAAACGGCUCUAAAAUUAGAAGUUGGCGAUGUGAUAAAAGUAACAAAGACUAAUAUGAACGGCCAGUGGGAAGGUGAACUGCACGGUAAAAUUGGACACUUCCCAUUCACGCACGUUGAAUUUGUAGACAAUGAGAAAAUGUACGUUAAAGUGAGAACGAUUGAUGGUAAACAGGAAGCAAUAUUGACCAUCUCGAAAUUGACGGAGGUGGAAGAUUUCAAGAGCGAAAUAGAAAAAGAAUUGAAUGUAAAAGCUGAUACACAAAGAUUAUUUUUUCGUGGGAAACAAUUAGAAAAUGGUUACAAGCUAUACGAUUACAAUGUGAACUUAAACGAUGUUAUUCAGUUAAUGGUCAGAGUAAAUGUUGACGAAGCGGAAGUACAACCUACCUCUAGUAAUACUAAUAUAUCUACUAACUCGGAUUCUAAAGAAGCUGUAGAGAAUUCUAAUGAAGACGAAGGACUUGUCGAGGCUGAAAGUUUAUAUUAUAAAAUUGGAGAUGCCGUGGAUUGCCUGGAUCAAACUUACGGAGCCUGGUUCGAGGCAAUUAUACUAAAAAUUUUUCAGAAAGGAGACAAGCUAUUUUAUAAUGUACAAUGGGAAUUUGACGAUAAAGCUCCACCCUUUAACGUACCUGAAACAUCGAUAAGACCACGUGCUAGACGUCUCUUGGGUUUUGAGACUUUAAAAAUAGGUCAGAAAGUAAUGAUUAAUUACAAUGUCGACGAUCCUAAAGAAACAGGUUUAUGGUACGACUUUUUAAUAUCAAAAAUAGAAAAGAAAAGAAGAGUGCAAACGCUUGUUGGAAUCUUACAUAUCGGAAGGGAUCAACUUCUUGAAAAUCGCAAAGUAAAUCCCAAAGGUGAGAUUUUUGCGAUAGAGGAACCUAAACUUCUUAAAGAAAGAACCCCCGAAGAAGAGCAACAAAUGAUUAGUAAUGGUAAACGAAGACGUGUGCAAGCUAAUUGUAAUGCAUGCUCGGAUAAUCCUCGUAAAAAGUGUAGGGAAUGCGGUUGCAGAAUCUGUGCUGGAAAAGAGGAUGAACACAAUCUUUUAUUAUGCGACGAAUGUAACUCUGCGUAUCAUCUAGGAUGUUUGACUCCUCCGUUAACUUCUAUACCAGAAGAAGAUUAUUGGUACUGCCCGGAAUGUAAAAAUGAUGAAAACGAGAUUGUGAAGGCAGGCGAUAAACUCAAGCAAACGAAAAAGAAAACGAAUGAAAAUGCUAAUAGUAAACGGGAUUGGGGCAAAGGAAUGGCGUGCGUGGGAAGAACAAAGGAAUGUAGUAUCGUUCCUCCUAAUCAUCGUGGACCUGUUCCAGGUGUAGAAGUUGGAAUGUGUUGGAUGUACAGAGUACAGGUGUCUGAAGUUGGAGUACACAGACCGCACAUAGCUGGAAUUCACGGACGAGAAACAGACUGUGCAUAUUCUAUCGUGCUGUCUGGUGGAUACGAGGAUGAUAUAGAUAAUGGUGACGAAUUUAUGUAUACCGGUUCGGGAGGAAGGGAUUUGUCAGGCAACAAAAGAACAGCCGAACAAAGUUGCGAUCAAACAUUGACUAGAAUGAAUAAAGCGUUGGCUAUAAAUUGUAAUGCCAAGCUGAAUGCAACAGUUGGUGCUACAGCCGAAGACUGGACGGGUGGUAUACCCGUUAGAGUAGUCAGAAAUUUUAAACUUGCUAAACACAGUAAAUACGCGCCCGAAGAAGGAAAUAGAUACGAUGGAAUUUACAAGGUAGUCAAGUAUUAUCCAGAUACAGGUAAAAGUGGUUUUCGGGUGUGGAGAUACUUGUUAAGAAGGGACGAUCCAGCACCCGCCCCAUGGACCACAGAGGGUAAAGCACGAAUAACUGCGCUUGGUUUCAAACCCAUGUAUCCAGAUGGAUACUUGGAAGCAAUGGCAAAGAAUAAGACUGGCAAGAAACGAAACGAGUUAACAGAGGGGAUAGACAACUUAAUUGCUUCACAGAAGCAAGAACCACCAAAGAAAAAGCAAAAGCGCGAAGUUUAUGAAAUAGAGAGAGAAGUAUUGAAAUUUGUUGACGAAGAUCAGAGUAAUGCGAAAUUGUGGGACGAAUGUCGCAGAGUUUUGUCAGAUGGGAAAGCUGCGUUUUUGCAACAAGUGUCAGAAAGAUUUAUCUGUUCCUGCUGUUUGGAAUUGGUGUUCAAUCCAGUAACAACUUCUUGCGCUCAUAAUAUUUGUCUCAAUUGUUUAAAGCGUAGCUUUUCGUCCGGCGUACGUCGUUGUCCAUCGUGCCGACAUUUACUAGACAAAAAUUAUAAGAUGGAAGUUAAUCAAUCCCUAUCGUCUGCUUUGUCGUUACUUUACCCAGGCUACGAGGGUGGUAGAUAACAUUCGUUUUCGAUGAAACCAGAAUUAUUUCUAGGAUAGAAACAAAAGUCCGCUUAGACUGUAUUAAAUAAUUUUCUAGUUAAAAUUUAUAUCUCUGAAAUGAACUGUACCGGACUACAAGACAUUCAUUAUAAUAUUACACACGUACGUGUAUGCUCAUACAGGAAUAGAGUGAAUAACGCAUUUUAAAUUUGGCUGGAACAAAAAAAAAAUUGUUUGCACAAUCCAUUGAAAUAAUUGUAGCUAAUUUUAUUAUUAUCGAAUAAUUGUACUAAAGAAUUGACUGAUAAUAGUAAUAUCAGAAUAAGAAUAAGAUUUUCUUGAUCGGGAAAAUAAGAACUUGUUAAGAGUGAAAAAACAAUCAUUGUAGUACUUAUUUUUUAUAUUAAUCAUUGGUUUAUACAACUUUUUAUCGUGUGUUUCUGUGUGGUGUAGUCUUUAUACGUUGACUGAACUACUGUUAAAUUAUCUAUACAUAUUAUACACAGUCAUACAUAAUAAUGUGUUCAAAUUGUUUCCAAUUGUAACGAUUCUAAGAUAUAAGUCGGUCGAAUCAAUUUAUUUUCUACCAUAUGUUAUAUAAUUUAAACCUAAAACUAUGUUAGUGGAGGUAAAUUACCAACUGCGUUCGCAGCGAGUAUUUUACUCUGUUGGUAAUUUUGAUUAGAAGUUUAAGCGUUUUCCGAUUACGUGUAAUGGCUCUGUACGGGCCCUUGAAAUGCGGCAAAUUUAAAAUAUUUUAUGGUAAAAAUCUAUGUACAAGUAUCUCCUAAAUUAUAGUUCGUUUAAAAAAAUGUGUCAAAUAAAAUUUACCCAGUUUCGAGGAGGA